AUGGAAAACAGCGCCGCGUCAUUCAUCGUCUGCUACGCGCCGACGAUGAUCACCACCAACGGGGUGUGGCAGGGUGACAACCCGCUCGAGUACUCCCUCCCUCUGUUCAUCCUCCAGGUGCUGCUCAUCGUGAUGGUGAUCCGGGUCGUCGGCGUCUUCAUCAAGCCCCUCCGCCAGCCGAGGUUCGUCUCCGAAGUCAUCGUAAGCGCAUUCAUCGACCCUGGUCCGAGCCGCCAUGACCUGGCUUCCCUCCCCUCGGAAGCUUGCUUGAGCUCUGUUUUCAUGGUAGGGCGGCGUGGUUCUGGGGCCGUCGGUGAUGGGGAAGAUCCCCAAGUACCUGGACGUGAUCUUCCCCACCAGGAGCGUGGCGGUGCUGGAGACGAUGGGCAAUCUGGGGCUGGUCUACUUCAUCUUCCUGGUGGGACUGCAGGUGGACGUGGCGGUGGUGAAGCGGACGGGGAGAAAGGCCUGGGCCAUGGCAGCGGCGGGGAUCGUCCUUCCCUUCGCGUUGGCCGUCAUCUCCUUCUUCAUCUUCAGGCCGGGCAUCUCCAAGGGAACGGAGACCGGUGCGUUGGUCCUCUUCCUAGGAGUCUCCCUCUCCGCGACGGCGUUCUCCGUCCUCAGCCGAAUCCUGGCGGAGAUGAAGCUGCUCACCUCCGAAUUGGGGAAGAUCGCCUCGGCCGUCGCCAUCAUCAACGACGGCUGCGCAUGGAUCCUCCUCGCGCUGGCCAUCGCCGUCGCCGGCGGGCACGGGUCCUUGCUGCCGCCGCUGGCGGUCGUCUUCUCCGGCUUCACCUUCAUGUUCUUGCUCUACCUCACCGUUAAGCCGGGGGUGGCGUGGGUCCUCCGCCGUACGCCAGAGGGCGAGGCGGUGGACGACGCCUACAUCUGCUUCCUCAUCACGGCGGUGAUGGUCUGCGGCCUCGCCGCCGACGCCGUCGGCAUCCACGCCGUCUUCGGGUCCUUCAUCCUGGGGCUGAUGAUCCCCAGCGGGCCGGUGGGGGCGGCCUUGAUCGAGAAACUCGAGGACUUCGUCACCGGCUUCAUGAUGCCCCUCUUCUACGCCGUCGUCGGGCUCAGGGUAGACGCCUCCGCCGUCACCGACGUCGGCGCCGCCUGGUUCCUCGUCAUCCUCAUCCUCACCGCCGGCGCCACCAAGGUCGGCACCACCCUCCUCGUCUCCUCCUUCUACGGCAUUCCCACCCGCGAGGGCCUCUCUCUCAGCAUCCUCCUCAACACCAAGGGCCUCGUCGAGCUCGUCGUCCUCUACAUCGCCCUGGACAAGAAGGUAAUCGACCCUCCUCCUCCUUUCCUUCCCUCCCCGGAAAAGAAGGCCGGUGCAACACGUUUUUCACUUUCCUCCGGCAGGUGGUGGACGGGGAGACGUUCGCGGUGAUGGUGUUGCUGUCGGUGGCGGUGACGGCGCUGGUGACGCCGCUGGUGGCUCUGGCCUAUCGGCCGGUGCGUCAGCUGGCGCCCUACAAGCGGAGGACGAUCCAGCGGUCGAGGCCGGACUCGGAGCUGCGGAUGCUGGCCUGCGUGCACAGCACCCGCAACGUGCCCUCCAUCGUCAGCCUGCUGGAGGUUUCUCACCCUUCGAAGAGGUCCCCCAUCUUCGUCUACGCCGUCCACCUGGUGGAGCUCACCGGCAGGGAAUCCGCCAUGCUCGUCGUCCACGAGGCCGAGCACCGGCCGGGGAAGCAUUCCCACGGGAACCUCAACCGGAUGCAGGCCCAGUCGGAGCAGAUCAUCCACGCCUUCGAGAGCUACGAGCAGCACGCCGGCGGGGUCACCGUACAGCCGCUCACCGCCGUGUCCGCCUACACCAACAUGCACGAGGACAUCUGCAACCUCGCCGAGGACAAGCGGGUGGCGCUCGUUAUCCUCCCCUUCCACAAGCAGCAAACAGUCGACGGCGGCAUGGAGGUGACCAACCCCGGCAUACGCACGGUGAACCAGUGCGUCAUGGCCGGCGCGCCAUGCUCCGUCGCCAUCCUCGUCGACCGUGGGCUGGGGGGCACGGCGAGGAUCUCGGCGGGGCAGCACGCCGCCCACCACAUCGCGCUGCUCUUCUUAGGCGGCGCCGACGACAGGGAGGCGCUGGCGUACGCCUGGCGCAUGGCCGACCACCCGGGGAUCAGCCUUACUGUGGUGCGCUUCCUCGACGGCGGCGGCGGCGGCGGCGGCGGCGAGGCGGCGGCGCCGCCAAAGCUCCCUGCCGACAUGAAGAACGACGCGAGGGUGGUGAACGUGAUCACCGACCGUGAGAGGGAGCUGCUGUUGGACGACGAGUUCAUCGAGGAGUUCCGGCUGAGGAACGCAAAUGACGAAUCUGUGGUGUACACGGAGAAGGUGGUGUGCAACGGCGAGGAGACGGUGGCGGCGAUCCGCGCCAUGGAUAGCAUCCACGACUUGUACGUCGUCGGGAGAGGGCAGGGGAGUUCGUCACCCCUUACCGAGGGGCUGACAGACUGGAGCGAGUGCCCCGAGCUGGGGGUCAUCGGGGACCUCCUCGCCUCGUCGGACUUCGGCGCCACCGUCUCCGUCCUGGUGGUGCAGCAGUACACCGGCGGCUUCCCCGCCGGCGAGGACCCCAGCUCACCCGUCAGCCCCUCUCAGCAGGCGCACCAGCACCUAAACAACCACGGCAACAACCAGAAGGGGAGGUCCCAGGCUUGGGGGCCUUAG